GAUUUCACGCAAUCUAGAUGAGAUCCUAAUAUUUUUUGUGAACUUGUCAAGUUGUCAUCAAAUUUUCAGAUUAUCUCAGGUGUGCUCAAAGUUAAAAAGUAAUAAGUCAGCAUAAAGUUAUUGUCAAAAAUUGAAAUGGCUAGCACGGCAAGUCCUCUCCUUCCUCGUCUUGUUUCAUCAUGUGUUGCAGUUGCUAACAACGCGGGAAAAAUUAUUAGGGAUAUAUUAAAGCAAGGUGAUCUGCAAAUUGUGCAGAAAGAGCAUGCCAAAGAUCUGCAAACUGAGGCAGACAGAGCUGCCCAGCGCUACAUUGUGUCUUCCCUUGCUGCCCACUUCCCCAAGGCUACUCUCAUUGGUGAGGAGGAAGAAUCAGGAUCUGGUGAAGUGACGGACCUUACAUCUGUUGAGCAGCUCACCAUUGCCUGCCCUGAGCAUCUCUCCAACUUGUCCGAAGAAGAGGUUGUGUUGUGGAUAGAUCCUGUUGACGGCACAUCUGAGUACACCCAAGCAUUCGAGUGCAUGUCAGGUAGACACGGCGCCUCUUGCCCUCGUGUCUCGGUACUUGAACACAGAACUGUCAGCUGCACAAGUUUACUGGACCACGUCACAGUUCUGAUCGGCAUAGCUGCGCAGGGCAAAGCUGUGGCAGGCGUCGUCCACCAGCCUUACUUCAACUACCAGACCCCAGGAGCUGAGCUGGGGAGGACAGUGUGGGGUGUGGUGGGGCCAUUGGCCAUAGGUGGGGGAGCUGGCCAUAAGGUGCUGCUGCUGCUGGACGGCCACGCGCACGCCUACGUCUUCGCCAGUCCCGGCUGCAAGAAGUGGGACACGUGCGCCCCUGAAGCGGUGCUGGUGGCUGCUGGGGGCGCCCUCACUGACAUCAGGGGCGACCUCAUCCCUUAUCAUAAGGACGUCGACCGCAGAAACAGCACAGGCGUUUUGGCCACGGCGCCCGGGGAAUGCCACCAAACAUAUCUCAACAAAAUCCCUGAUGCCGUUAAGAAUAAUCUGAAGAAAUAAUGCCUCUCCUGGCCUGUCAAUACUCCUGCCGUGGCCGCUGCCUUGUCAAGAGGAGCUACUGGAAACGUCCGCCUGUCGAGCUUCAUGUCAGCUUGUCCAGGCUCCCCAAUCCUUGUUUUCAAUCCCAAUCCUUGUCUUCAAUUCCCAUCGCCAACCCUGGAAUUGAACCUCCUUCACCAAUCAUUUAAUUAAACCCCCAAUCCUCAAUCCUUGUCUUCAAUCCCCAUCCUCAAUCUUUGAUUUAAAUCCCCAUUUCCAAUCCUUAUCUUCAAUUCCAAUCCCCAAUCCUUGUCAUCAAUUCUAAUCCUCAAUACUUGCCUUCAACCCCAUCCCCAAUCCUUGUCUGCAAUCCCGAUCUCCAAUCCUUGUCUUCAAUCUCUAUCCCCAACCCUUGUCUUCAAUCCUUAUAAUCUACAGCCGUGCGUGUUCCCAUAUUUUCAUUUCUGGUUAGUAUAUUUUUAUUAUGGUUAUUAUAUCAAUUUACGAUAAGUUACAGAGUUUACAUCUGCAUUCUUUUAUUCAUUAAAAGUCUUUUUCCAAUGUUGAAUUACGACAAUUGUUCUUAUCAUUUACGAUUAGCUUCAAGUUUCAGUUAUGGGUUCUCAUUUACCUAAUUAAGUUAAUUAACUAAAGUUCUCACCAGUUUGCAUUUUGCGUUGGCUCAAAAAAGGCCAAAUAUCAAGUCAAAUGUCAAAGGCUGAAAGCUGGAGUUGUCUGUGACUUUAGUUACCUUGGGCCGUACUGUCAAAAAUAUGUGAGUUCGUAACUCAAUCAGCCUAUCACUGACGGCUUAUUUAGCUACACCCACCAAUCAUGGACGAGAAAUGGACCGAUAAGUGCGUUUGAGCGAGUUUAGAGACUACGGGCGCUGGCCUGUAGAUAUGAAUUGCUGUGGCCUUAGAGAAUGUGUCCUUAGACAAAGGGUUCCAAAAGGUUAGACUGCUACUGUAUGUAAUUAACUGGAUUUGCGGUAAUCGGAACCUUCAUCCAUGUCACUGAUGACUAUUUUUGAGUUUUGUUGCUCAAUCAUUGCAGCUCUAGUCAAUCAUGCGUCUUAAACUACACUUCGUGAGAACGCCAACCGCCCUGAAUGAAGCCUUUAUUUUGUAAUAUGUACGCUUCAAUAUUGUUAAUGGUGCUUUAACCUUUAAUGCUAAGCUCUUUGUAUUCUUAAUGAGUUGUUAAUGUUGCUGUCCACGGCUCUGCUUGUGCGUCGCCUUCAAAUCAUCCUUGCGUGCCCGGCUGUGCGCGCGGGCAUUGGUUUAUUUUACGCACAGAUUUGUCUGUGAAGUUGUACGCUCAGUUUAACGUUUAUUAACUUAAUUUCAUGCAACUAACCGUUCUAACUCUGACAUUUUGUUUUGCUUCGAAGUUUAUUCUGUUACACGUUAUAUUUUGUUUGUUAUGUUAUGCUCGUUCAGUUUUGAUGUGGUGCUUGUGUGAUGUGAUUAUCCCCUCAUGAUUCAUUCCGAAAAUUUCCUUGUACGCCGAUAUUACGACGGAAGAAAAAUGUAGUUUUGAUACUAAAUAAUCCAUAGUACCUAUUUCAGCUGUAGAAUUAGUGUCAAUCUUAGAAUUAGUGCCAAACUUUGCUAUAGUGCUUGCAUCUAAAAUUUGAAGUUGUCCUAACUCUUAAUUCAAUUCCAGAUAUUAAUUGUAAACUCUUAGAAAUUGAUUUUUUUAUAUUAUUAAA